CCCGGCCCCGCACCGCCACCCGCAGCCCUACCGCCCCGCACCGUAACCCCGCACCAUGCCGGCCCUGCGGCUCCUCGCCCUCGGGCUCCUCCUGGCUUUGGAGCCCGCGAGCUGCCAGGAAGGUAAGAGCUCCAUUGCUGGGGAAACUGAGGCACACGGAGGGGUAGGGGUGGUUUUGGGAACAGGAGAGCUGCUCGGGAAUGGGAAAAAUGCCUCAGCUCCCCCUGCAGCUCUGCCUUCCUACAUGAGCUCGGUCUGGCUGCCUAUAGAACAGUCUUUACCUGUUUAGCUUGACGCCGGGUCACGCCGUGAUGCAGCGGCUCCAACUGAUCCCCAGCGCCCAGAGAUGGGCAAUGUGCUUUCUUACACGCUGCUUGCUUUCCUUCCCCCUGGAAAGCACUGCUCUGCUUCUCGCUCCCAAAGUGGCAGGUUUUGUUAAUCUGCCGUUCUGAUCUCUGUGGAGGUGGCAGGGCCAAAUAUUUCCCUCUGCAAAUCACGCUUUCAUUCCCUUCCUGGAGACUUAAUAGAGAAACUUCCUAUUGCUCUGACAUUAUUUUUAUGGAACUCAGGGCUUGUCUGACACCACAAAUAAUCAGGAGUAAUUAAAACAAAUCAGAUCCUGCCAAAGAGCUGGAACAUUCCCUCCCCCCUUUCUCCUCCUGAUGCCCCGGCCUUGACCGCUCUUCCUCUAUUUGUUUACCAACUCGUGAAAGAUUGAGCACUGUGGGGUCUCCACCGUCAGCAGGAUUGGAUGUUUUGCUGCUGCCUUGAAAGAAAAGCCUUUAGUGAAGUUUCAGAGCUGGCACAGCUUCCUCGGCCAUAACAAAGCGCUGGCACAGCUGCUCGGGGAGGCGGUGGGGUCACCGACCCUGGAGGUGUUAGGAACCAUGGAGGUGUGGCACUGAGGGAUGUGGGCAGUGGGCAUGGUGGGGUUGGGUUGGGGUUGGUGAUCUCGGAGGUCUUUUCCAACACUGUAAUUGUAUGAAAGCUCAGGGGACAGCUGAUGCCUUCCAAGCACUCAGGGAAAACGGCUCAGAAGUCCUGGAUGCGCCUUCAGACCAGCCUUGGAGCAGGGAAACAGAGUUAGAGCACAUGCAAAGGCUUAUUUUGGCACUGGCGUUCACCCUGGUCUUGUUUGUAGCUGCAGAUGGAUGGGUGUGUGUCUGCCAGGGAGUGCAGAGUCUGCAUCCCGCGCUGGUUAGUUGGCUGAGCAGUUCCUGUCUGAUGGGAAAACAAAACCAUCGUUACUAUGGGCAGAAGGGAGCCAGGGGCAGCCUCCAGCCUUGGUCACAAGGUGUCAUCGCCGUGGUGGUGUUUCUGGUGCUGGUGGCAAUCUGCUUCGUGGUCAACAGAUUCUGGUGCAAGAAGCAGCAGGAUAAUGUUGAGACAGUGGUGAGCAUCGGGGCCAAGGAAGAGGCAGUUGUGCCCAAUGGACGUGAAGGGACAUACGUGAUCUCUGCAGUGGACGUCAGGUCCAAGGAGAACCAGCACGCCUACGAGAACACUCUGGAUCCAGAGGAGAAGGUGAUCACCACCGCCAUGUAGCACCAGCUGGUGGUGGGACCCUCUGCACUGACAUCCCCAUGCAUGGCAGCUCCUCUGUCCCAGACCUUCAGACUUCUGUCCCUUUGUUUGACCCCAGGGGAGGUCUGGGGCUGUCACCUCCCCAGCUCUGUGGCCACCCCACCUACUCAGCCCAGCCUAUGCCCCCCACCCCUUGGAACAGAGGAUGCUGACCCACUCCAGAUGCUGCUGCAUGCAUGGGACCCCAUGUUCCCUCCCCAAAUCCCUUCCUCUCUGGGGAACUGUCAGUGGAAAACCCACUCUCAUGUCAACAGCUCAUCCUCCUUUUUAUGAACAAAGGCUCUAUGCCAUUCAUUUCAGAUUCAGAACAAAUUGCCUCCCCUGUACAUAUCUUCUCUGCCAGCAAUAAAGGGAAUUGCUGUCCA